AUGGCUUCUUCACACAUAUUUCUGUGCAUCGUCCUCACAAUUGCGACAAUUGUGGUGCCCUCAAUUGCUGACCCGACUCAUUAUAUGGUUGGAGACUCGGAUUUGUGGCGCCCUAACGUCGAUUAUGUGGCUUGGGCCAAAAACAAAACCUUCAAAGUUGGUGAUACUUUAUGGUUCGUGUACGCCCCUGAAAAUCAUGAUGUGUACCAAGUGAACGGCAGUUCCUUCGGGCACUGCUUAGCCCCACCUGAUGAGGCAGAAGGAUUCAAGUGUGAAAGUCAAGUGAGGCUGAGGACACCUGGAAACAAAUGGUUCCUUUGCAGCAGACCAGGUCACUGUGCUAAGGGCCAGAAGCUUAUGAUUACUGUUAUCAACACAGCUCAACAACCAUCCCCUAAUAACCCCAGCGCUGCACCUCCUCCCAACAUGUACACUUUCGUUGGAUUUUUCCAAUUCUUCGUCUCACUGUCACUCACCAUCAUCAUCGUCCUUCUCAUCCCACUUAAUUAG